AUGAAUCCUUUACUCAUAGUUUUCUUCACAAUCAAUGACCUAAAGGUUGGCAAAAAACUACCAAUCUAUUUCCCCAAAAGAGACCCUUCAAAAUCCCCUCCAUUUUUACCCAAACAAAAAGCUGAUCAAAUCCCUUUUGCCUUCAAACAACUCCCUUUUGCAAUUUAUUAUUGUUAUUACCAAGAAGGAGAUAAUAAAGUGUUGAAAAUUGAAUUGGAAGGUGAAAAUGGAGAUAGAGUUGAAGCUUUGGCAAUUUGUCAUAUGGAUACUUCUCAAUGGAACCCUACCCAUCCUUCCUUUGAAGUCCUCAAACUUCAACCAGGGGACAUGCCCAUUUGCCAUUUCUUCCCUGCUGAUGAUUUUGUUUGGAUUCCUGUUGCUUGA